CGAAAGCAUGCGAGAACCAUUAGUAAAAUGUUAAAUAAAUUUUUAGGUUAUACUUGAUACAAUGAGUGGUGAAUUAACCAGACUACUGGAAACUAUAUUUUUAUUGAGAACUAAAAAUAGUGAUUCCAUAGAAGUAUCGUCAACACUAAAUAAUAUUUUCAGUUUAGCUCUUAAUAUUGCUGAUAAUGAAAUUGGUUACUUUUCAGAAACACUUUUUAAUGAAAAUAAUGGAAUACUAAAGUUUUUAAAACUUUCCAUUGGUUCCAAUGAGCUUGAAAAUGCGAAAGGUGAUAUUCUAAGAUUUCUUUCUGAAUUUUGCACUAAAAAGCUUGUUAAAUUUUACAUCAAAGGGAUCAAGGAAACAUGUUUGGCUUUAUUUUUUUGUGAUACAUCUGUUAAAGUAAAGAUUGAAGUAAUACAUGUUAUUGAGAAGAUAAUGUUGCUGCCAGAUAUUAAUCAAUUUGCAGUUGAUUUGGAUAUAAAGAGUUUAAUUUCAAAAUUUUGGUCUGAGUGCUUAAAAAGUGCUAAAUACAGUUCAACAAUGAGAGGAGAAUUGUAUAACCUGAUGGGAUCAUUUGCAAAGGUGGUUCCUGAAUUAAUGACAGAAAUCAAUGAACGCCUUUUAUCUCUUUUUUUGAGUUUUUUAAAACAAGAAAUGGAGUCAACUAAGAAAAAGAAACCUGAGCUUCUAGUGAUAGCAGGUUGUCUUAAUGGAUUGUCUGGUUACCUCGUUCACUUUACUCAAUCAUGUGCUGAAAGCUCAAAAUAUGCAAGCAUCAUCAUGAAAUAUGUGAAAAUGUGUAUUUUACUUACAGAUUAUAGCAGAUAUGAUGUUCCAAAAGCUGCACUAACAUUGCUGGCUCUCCAUUCUUCCCAAUUUAAUGAGUUACUUACCUUGCAAGCAGAGCAAAUAUAUGAUGCACUGGAGUUAUGGAUAAAUCAUCAAAAUAAAGAAGUAAAGAAGAUAGCAAUUACAGCUACUGAAUCAUUUCUUUAUGAGGUUAAUUAUUCACUACUUCAACCGAUUGAAAAAAUCAUUAUUUUUAUAUUCGAAAAUAUUUUUAAUCUUGGGAAAACUGGUUUAGCUCUCUAUAUGAAAGGGAUUGCUACAUUCAUUGAUUCAGUUAGUUCAACUCAAUCAAUGCUUAAGACUAGUCUUUCUCGCAUUGUUUAUCAAAUUUUAAUUCGAACAUGUUCUCAUUCUACGUUGUCUGAAGAGAUAUCUACAGAAAAUUUAAGCAAAAAAGAUGCAUUAAUAACAAUCAAGACUUUUCUUCCCAUAUGGAACUUUUUAUUAGAAGAAAAAAACUACUCUAUUUCAGUUUAUUCACGUUCAGAACUGUGUGUGGCAUUAAAAGAACUGCUCUAUGAUUGUAUUUUGUCAGCAUUUUUAAAUGUCUUAAAUAAGUUGAACUUUGUUACUGAAAAUAAAGAAGCUGAGAAGUUAAGAGAUCCUGUCUCAGAUCCUACACUAAAUCUUGUGCCUAAGAUGCCUCAAGAUUUCAUCAUUUUGGUUAAUCUUGUGGAUUUAUUCGGAGAACUUCUCUGCAAAAAAUCUUUGGACUCAUUUUCUCGCUGGGUUUACAUCUUUGUUGAAGAAACUUUGAAGUUUUCAAUGAAACUUCCAUUUGUCAGUGGAUUUUACAAAUUGCUUAGACAUUCAUUAUGGAUUUCGGAGCAAAUUGGUUAUUUUGAGGCAAACAAUCAUAGUGAUGAAAAAGCUAGGCUGUUUAAAAUGCUAUCUGCGUUUGUUAAAGAGGUGUCUGCACGUGUGAAGCAAUUUAAAGAAGAUCUUUUGGUGUCCGCUGUCAUGUUUCUCCUUUCUUUACCUGUUUCAGUUAUAAAAGAAUCAAAAAAGUUUAUAAUUCCUAUUUUUCAAGUGGCGCUUCAACUUGGUUUAUCUUAUUAUGAAAUUGCAGAAUUGUGUUUGGAUACCCUUGAUCGACUUCAAAAGAAAUUAAAUGAAUCAGAUAUGGAGAGUAUAGUGAGAUUAGUUCUUCCACAUUUUAACGAUUACAUACAACCUAUAUUCAAAGAAGAAGAUAGUUACACAGAGCAUGUUACUUUAACAAAAAGUGAAAGAAAAGUUAAAAGAGUUCCUAUUCGAUAUCUUAGAGCUUUAGCAAUGUCACAAAAAGAUUUGUCAGAAUCCCCUUUGUUUAACCUGGAGUUGCGUGUUAUUAAGUUUCUUGGAUGCUUGGGCGGAAGAUUAAGCAUUGGUAUUUUGCAGAAUGCUGCAAAAUUUAGUAAACAUAUAGUUUGGGACACCAAUCAGCAUUUGCCAUUUGCCCUUCCAUUUCGUGAUAUGAAACCAACAAUUUAUCUAGAUAUGUUUAUUCCUCGUGUUGUGGAGCUUGCAUUGUACUCAAGCAACAGACAAAUCAAAGUAGUUUCAAGUGAGCUUUUGCAUGGAUUGGUUAUAUUUAUGCUUGGUAUAGAGUCUCAGCAACAAGGAAAACGGACUUCACAAAAGUUAUCUAUGGAGCGUUUGUAUAAAGAGAUUUUUCCAGCACUCAUCAAACUUUCUUGCAGCCAAGAGCAGGUAUCUGAACAACUUUUCAGUCCAUUGUUGUUUCAAAUUAUACAUUGGUUUACAGGAAGAUCAAAGUAUGAAAGUCCUGAAACUAUUGUUUUAUUGGAUGCAAUACUUGAUGGUGUAUCAGAUCCUGAUAAUAGUGCUGUGAGAGACUUCAGUGCAAAAUGUGUAAAAGAAUUUCUGACAUGGUCAAUAAAACAAACAACUGAAAAGCAAAUGGAAUCAAAUCCAGGAAAUCCAAGAAGGCUUUUCAAGCAAAUGAUUAGUUUAGCUUGCCAUCCCAAUCCUUAUAAAAGAAUAUCUGCUGCUAUUGUUUUUAACAAUUGUUACACUGUUUUCAGAGAGGAGGAAAUUCUUGUGAAUACAUUUAUUUUGGAGUUACUUUUAGUAUAUAUAAAUGGCCUAUCACUUUCGCAUAAAGAUGAAAAAUCAUUUGGAAGCAUUGACCAAUACGAACUGUCUUUGCAGCACAUGGAAAAGAUUAUUAAAAAGAAAUGUGAUAUAUUGCUAAAACCUUUUAAAAAUAGGCGUCACCCAAUCCAAUUUAAAGACACCACUGAUUUUAACCUUCGACACGUCAGUAUGUGGUUGCUCAGUGAAUGUGGUUCACCACAAACAGCAUGUAGACAUCAAUGCAUGAAACUUUUUAUUUCAUUUAUGUUGUUGCAAGAGGGGGUUGAAGAAUAUAUGAAAAAUGCAAUAGCAGAUAGAGACGGAGAUGACCUAUUUAGAUACUUUGAGGGAGGAGGAAUUUCAAGAAAAGGUAUUCAUCACUAUCCUACACUUCCAGAAAAGUUAAAGGCUGAGUUUUCUUUCAGCAGAGUUAUAAAUUGGCUCGAAAACCUCCUAGGUGCUCUAGAUUGUUAUAGUUGGAUUAUUAGCGCCCGGUAUCUUCCAGCACAAAAGAUCUUUAAAGGGAAUUCUACAAGUAAACUUUUUACAGCCAUAGUUUACUUUAUUGAUGAAAUAAGCUUGGUAAAUUGCAAAAAUAUGUUGAUGAAGUUUAUGCAAGAUAUUUUGCCAUCAGAAUGUGACACUUAUGAUAGGUUGAAGUGCACAAUAAUUGUUCGCAUUAUUUAUAUAAUAAGUCUUACAUUAGAAGAUGAAUUGUGGAAAGCCAACACAAUGAAAGAUAUAGGAGAUAAAAUGUUUUCAAAUAAUUUUUUAAAAGUAAUAGUGUACUGCAUGGUUUAUCCUCAGUGUUUAGGCUUUCAAGUAUCUGAUUUGGAAGUUUUGGAAAAAUUGCCUGAAGAAAUGUAUACAUUAUCUGAAAAGAUGAGAAAGUUUGCACCAGAUCACUUCUUGAAUUCUUUCUACAAUGUUUUGUCAUCUGUAUUGUGUGAAAAACAGUAUAACUUGUUGUCUCACUUACCCUUAGACAUUUGUAAUACAAAUAAUGACAUUUGUGAUAUGCUUUGUCAGUUAGCAUCUGGAUACAAGUUGCUACAUAAAUGUGAACUUUUUGCGCACUUGUUAUCAGUGGAUGUUACAGAUUUGAAAAAAAAACUUUUGGAAAGUUUAUUGGAUAGUCUAAGCAAUAAAGAAAAGGUCUCAUUCUUGCUACCUGCUCAAAUGUUACUUGCUAAUAGCUUGUUUAGAUUGUAUUUGGAAAUAAAUCCAUCUGCUGCUUUGACUGAUUUAUUUGUUAAUGAAAAGUUUUCUCAAAAUACAAAGUCUAGAGGUCUGGUACUCUAUGAUUUAUUAAGAUCAGUAAUUAUUAACUACUACAUUGAUUAUCCGUUAUCUCUUCAAAAAGGCUUUGAUAAUUCUGAAACAUUAAGUUAUGUUCAUUUAAUUAUAUUACAAGACAUCCUUGCAGAAUAUGUUUCUCAAAAGAAAAGUUCUGUUAAAAAUGUUCAACAAUUUACUUUUCAAUUUCUAAAAUAUCCUGAAAAGCUUGCCACAGGAAUCAGAUUUGAAAAAACACAAAUACAAGUUUUGGAUAUUUUUAUACUAAUCUUGAAUGUGUUUGAGGGUACAUUGAAAGAUCUUCCUUUUUUAAAUGCACUAAUAGAAGUGCUAUUCGAUUCAAAAAACUCUUUAGCAGUCAAGGAGAAAGUCAUUUCUUGCUCCCCUCACAUAUUCAAAAAAGGCUCAAGCCAGCAAUGUGCUGAUUUUAAAGUAGCAUUAGAACAUGUUGUUGCAAAUGACUUUCCUGUUAAUUCAGAUGAGUUACAAAUAAGAAGUUUAAAAUAUGCUGAGUACACCAGCUGUUUAUCACAGUUUUUGAGAGUGUUGGUUAAUUCAUCUAGUCCAUUGUUAUUUGAAGUUCUUGUCAGUGUUUUUGUUCGAGAAGUAAAAAGUGUAUACGAAAAAGUAAUUUUGCCUGCAUUGCAAAUGUUUGCAAAAAAUUUAAAGGAAAAUGAUGUUGAUAUUGUAUUGGACUUGAGUGUUAAAAUGUUUAAUGAUGAAUCUAAGUAUGCAGAUGAUAUUAGAGCUGUUAUCAUUGAUAGAGUCUGUAUUCCUUUACUAAAUGAAGUCUCUUGGAUCAGUUUGAAACAAUUUUUUCAAAGAAACAUUUUAGUUUUUACUUCACAUAUUGAUGAGAAAUUUAAUAAAUUACUGCAGUCUAAGUUAGCAAGUCAGCUGAUCAACAAGAUAUGUAGCUUUAAUGUUUUGUCAUUGAUGUAUGAGUUACUUGGCAAGGAAGAGUUGACUUCAGCCACAUCAACGAUUGUUCAAACUUUUUGUCCAAAUUCUUCUACUGGCAAAGAACUGACGGUUUUUUUGUCAAAGAGUGCUUCACAAUCAUACAAAGAGAGUUACAAUGAAAAUAACAUGGAGUUGCAAAGAAAGUAUCACUGUUCAGCUUAUAACUGUUUGAUUUCUAUCAUAUCAUGUACACAAAAUGAAAUGAAAUUUUUUGCUGGGUUACUUUUUGCUGAAAAUUUACUGAAGGGCUCCUUUGUGCUCGAAAAUCUUGUUGAUUUAAAAAAAGAAUACAAUUUUAAAUCAAAUGUUUCAUUUGAAAAAAUGAAAGUAAUGCCACUUAUAAGAAAGGCAUCUUGUGAACUUGGACACCAACCAAAUCAAAGAGAAGAGAAUGAAUAUAUUUUAUCAAACAAUCCAUCCCGGUUCUUGAUGGAGAGCAGCCUAAGUCAAGAAGUAAUGGAGUUUAGCAUCAAUAAACCAUUCAAGCCUUACACAAAUAAUGAAGAAAAAAGUCUCUCUAAUGAAGAGGAAUCAGUGGAAAGUUUUUUAGAGCUUGAUGAAUUAAAUCAACAUGAAUGCAUGAGUAAAUAUAUUUCUUUAAUCAACCAUAUGAGAAACAAAAAUAUAUAUAUCCAACCAAAUGAUAAAGAAGUUAAAGAUAUGCCGCCUUGGAUGACUUAUUUUCAUGGGAAGAUAACAAAUAAAGAUACUGAAUUCAAUGUUGUGUUAUACAUUGCAAGAAUUGUUAUCAAUGAACCUAAACUCUUUCAACCCUAUGCUCAGUUCUGGUUCCUUCCAAUAAUUGAAUUAUUGUUAAGUCAAAGAAUACUAGGUGACUAUUUAAACUAUUUUGUUGUUGGUUUGAUUGAAACCAUGUUAUCUUGGAGUCCGAAUAUACCAGAAAAUACAGCUUCAGGAUCUAUAUUAGCAAGCAGUUUGCUUGAUUAUUUGGUAAAAAACUGUCAUAACCUGGAUAGCCCUGUGUUACAAACAAAUUUGUACUUAAUAAAUGCAUUAUCUAGUUCAUGGCGAGAUCGGGUUACUUGUCCUUACAAGUUAAUUUAUUCACUUUUUUCUUUUUCAGAUCAAAAUUCAAAAAAAAAUUUAAGAGGAUUACAGAUUUUACAAUUUUAUUUAGCAAAUGGUUUUGCCCCGUUUGCCACUCAAAUUUCUGGUUUAACUGAGUAUGAUUAUUUUCUUGCUUUGUCUAAUAACUUAUUAUUUACUUAUAAAGAAGUGUAUGCUACAUGCGCUGAAGUUUGUGGAAUAUCUCUUAAGUAUUACUUUUCAAAGUGUGAGUCUCCAAAGGUUCUUUUAGAAAUGGUUCAAGGAAGCUUGUGUGAGCUUUCAAAAAACAACAAAGAAAAAUUUAUUGUUUGUUUGCAUAGCAUUCAAAUAAAUUAUCCUAUGGUUGUUGACAGGUUUAUUUCUCAAUUACUAUAUUGCACUAGCAAUAUGUUUGGAACAUUAAAAACAAUGUGCAUUCAGUGUCUUGCAUCUCGAACAGAACAAUUAGUUAAUGAACAGCAAACAAUUUUCUCACAAGUCAAAGGAAAAGAAAUUGAUUAUAUUCUCAACACAAAUGAUGAAGAAACUCAAAUUGGUGGUCUUGCACUAAUUGAUGGUUUGUUGAAAGGGUUAUCGCUGGAACAACUGUUACCAAUACUCAAAAAAAUUGAGCCUUUGCAGAAAAGUAUCUUUGUUAAAGUUAGAGAAAUUGUUUAUAAAAUAUUUAUGAAAUGCUUUGACCAUUUUAAGGAAAAAAGAGAAGAGGAGACAAGUAAGUUGAUUUUACAAAUUUGCAAGGAGACUUUGUUAGUUGGUAUAGCAGACAAAAAUACUGACCUGAACUUAGUUUUAUUAAAUUUUUGGAGAAAGGAACUAUCUGAAAAUACUAUUGAACGAUUUACUGAAAUUCUUACAACUUUUUAUUCAAGCAAAACAGAAAAAGAAUAUAUAAGUUAUUCAACCAACUUGAUACUGCAAUUAACAUCACUUAGUCCUGAUUACUCUCUCCCUUUGUUUUCAAUGGGAUUGGAUGAAGAAAAAACUUAUAGUAGUUUUGAUGUGAAAUUUUCCUGGCAGCAUCAGAAGGCUUCUUUGACUCCAUUGUUUGUUUCUUCCCAGCAUUCAAACACUUCUGGUACCUACAGUAAAACCCAGGGCAACGAGGAAGUUGUUCCAACCAAGUUGAACCAAGUUGUUCGCGCAACUCAAAAAAAGUUGGAUUUUUCUCAAACUCAUCAGAUUGAAUCUUCUAUUGAUUGGAUGAGUCCUACAAUACAAAUAACUCCACAGGAAAUGCUACCAGGCUUAAAUAUUCAAACUAAUAGCAAAAAUAGAAAAAACAAAAAUGAGUUCAGUAAACCUUCUAGCAAAGAUUUUAGAUUUAGACAUUUUAAAAAUAAAAGUGAAGAGAGCUAUUACUUUGCUUCCUUGGAAAAAAAGCGUCAAAAAUUGAGAGAAUCUGCUUUAGAGAAAAGAAAAAUUGCCCGGGAUCAAAAGGUGGUCAUGUAUAGAAAGUAUAGAAUUGGUGAACUACCAGACAUUAUGAUCAAACAUUCUGAUUUAAUUGUUCCUUUGCAAGCUCUGGCACAGCUUGAUCAUAAAAUUGGGCAACAAUUAUUUGUAUCAAUAUUUUUAGCAAUACUAAAUCAACUUUCACAGUCUAGCGAAUCAAUUUUGUUGAAGAUUCAAAACACCCUGAAUAUUAUUAUGCAGUCUUCGAUAUUCUAUGAUUCAACUUUUAUUAAUGCAGUUGAAACUGUUUGUUUAAAAAACAAAGAAAUGAACCUAGAGCCUCAAGUUGUGAGCAGUGCAAGUAUUAUUAGCUUGCAGCAACCUAUUGGGAUUUUGUUAAUUGAAAAACAGCUUAUAAGUUUGAAGAAUAAUAUUGAAGAGCCAAAAAGUAAACGUCUAAGAGCAGACUCACAGCAAGAAAACUAUAUGGUUUGGUCAGAGCUUGCCAAAAUCUACACUUCAAUUAAAGAUUUUGAUUUUGUGCAAAGCAUUUUUUGUUCUCAAAUAUCUACCAAUGAUGUUGUAAAGCGUGCGUUAGCAGCUGAAGCAACCAAUGACUACAGCACUGCACUUCAUAUCUAUAGAAAGGCUUCUCAAAAAGAGAAUUGGGAGAUAACUCCUUCAUAUGAAGAAGAAGAAUACUGGGAUACUGCUCGUUUAAGAUGUUAUGAAAAUUUGGGUAUGUGGACAAACUUGAAAGACUUCACAUUAAAGUCUAUUGAACAAAUAAACGAUAGUGAUGAUUUUGAUUGCAAGAAAAUGUGGGAAAAUGACAUUUUACAGGAAAUUUAUUUACCUUGUUACAUAAGAAGUAACAUCAAACUAAUGGUUGAAGAAAAAUAUGACCUGGUUCACAAGGAAUUUCAAAGUUUUAUUGAUUCUUCUCUAUCAGAUGAAUAUAGCAAAUGUCAAUUACAGAUGCGCUUUUGUGAAGAUUUGGCUUUACUUAAAAUACUACAAGACAAUUAUGGGGCUGCGCAUCACUUUCUUAAAAUUGCAGAAACCUCAUUUCUUGAUGAAUGGUCACUAACAAGUCAAUUUAUUAAUGAUGAUUGCAUGAUAAAGUUAAACAAAUUGCAAAGAGUGGAAGAGAUGAUCAGCUUUGUCAGUUUGAUGACAAGUGACAAUUAUAAAGACACUGCUAAAGUUCAGGAGUUUUUUUCUUAUUGGUCAAAUCGACUUCCUGAUCCUAAAAAGCAUUCAACUAUAGCAUGGAAUGAUAUUGUUCUUAGUCGUUGCGCUUUCAUUAAGAAGUUCAAAUCUGUAUAUUUAUCAGACCGAGUUAUGCUUGACUAUUUGGAAGGCGAAGAGAAGAAAAAUAUUUUAAAGCUUGUAGAUGUUGCAACAAAACAGGGAAAUUUUGCUGUUGCAAAACAAUACUUGAGAGAUUCACAUGAUGUUAUACUUAAAGAGGUAAACAAUGUAUCAGCUGUUGGGUUACAUUGGAGACACCUAUAUGCUAAAGUCUAUUGUAAAACUGCAAAAAAGUUUCAGAACGAUAUUGGGGCUAAUUUUACUGCAUUGGUUUCUGUUAUUGGUCAUCUAGAAAAAUGUCAAUCCUUUGACAAAACCAUUGCUACAAAUCUUCUUGAGUUUGAUGGAUGGAGAUGUUUGUUAUUGUGCAAUAGCCGUUUACAAAAUGAUGAGUUCAAGCUUAUUACAUGUGAGAUCAAAAAGCUUGCAACAUUAUCACAAUUUGAAGGUGACAAAUUAGAAUUUGAAAAAACAAUAAAGGAGAAAGCUUGGACAGCAUUAAGUUUGGCUUAUGAAAAAUCAGUUACGUGUAAGAUUUCUACUGACUUGGAUAGUAAACUGCAUCACAAAGCAUAUAUGGAGAUGUUUUUAUAUUGUGAUGAGCUUAUUGAAAAUGAAGAAAAUUCAGAAAUGAAAUGCUGUUAUGCAAAAACAAUGGUUGAUAGUCUUUUAAAAGCAAUGGCAAUGAAUUCAUCUAAAGCGCGCAUUGCUUUUCCAAGAUUGUUGCAAGUUGUUAACUUGUUUCCAUCCACUGGCGAACUUUUUGAAAAACAGAGCAGUCAAGUACCAUGUUGGAUGUUUUUAGGUUGGAUUAAUCAAAUUGUUUCAAUGAUAGACAUGCCUAUAGUUGUCCAUUUAAAACCAAUUAUUGAUGGUAUAGUAAAAUCAUAUAAACAAGCAUUGUCUUACCCUCUGAAAGUAAGCAGCAAACAGUUUACUUUCUCCACUGUUGACUCACAAAACAAAGAAUAUUUGAAGUGGCUACUGAGAUGUAUCAAUAUACCAGUUAUAGAUGAAUUUGCAAGAGCUCUCUAUCAGCUUUCUGAUCCUGUCAGUCUUGUUAAGGAUUUUCUUGAGCAAAUAAAGGGUUAUGUUUCAAAUGGUUCAAAAGAUGAAAUAAGAAAAUGUUAUAAAUCCAUCAAUGAUUUGUUGUUAAGUGCAAACAGUAGACAAAGUUCAGAAUCUAUACUGAAAGGGCGCGUUUUCAUAGAAUUUGCAAAGAAAUUUUCAAGUUAUGUGGAAUCUCUGUUUGGUAAAGAUGGCGAAAAAGUUCUUAAGAUGUCAUUAAAUGAGUUUCAAGAAGCAACUCAACAAAUCAAUGAAAAGCUCAAAGAGUAUAAAAGUAUAAAUGCUUCGCUGAGUGAUUACUCACCUUGGCUGUCCAGUUUCCAACCAGAUUCUUUUCUAGAUCGACUUGAAAUACCUGGUCAAUAUACAGGUGAAAGCAAACCAAUAGUUGAGUACCAUGUAAAAAUAAAUGGGUUUGAUGAAAAAGUUUUAGUUAUGAAUUCCUUACGCAAACCAAAAAAGAUAACAAUUAGAGGUGAUGAUGAAAAAGAUUAUUACUUUCUUGUUAAAGAAGGAGAAGACUUACGACAAGAUCAGCGUGUUCAACAAGUUUUUGUAUUGAUGAACAAAAUACUUCAAAAUGAUUCUGUUUGCUGUAAUCGUCUGCUAAAACUUAAAACUUAUCAAGUUGUUCCUAUAACAUCACGUUUGGGAAUGAUUGAGUGGGUUAGCAACACUAUUCCAUAUUUUGAUUUUCUAUACAAUGAUGAUGAAAAGAAAGUUCUUCAUGGACCAAGUGGUCCUAUAAAAAAGUAUAAGCAAUUUUAUGGCAAGUUUGAAAAUGUAUCAAAUGUAUAUAAAUCAGCUAACCGUAGUGAAACUGUCAAAGUAUUUGAAGACUGUGUUUCAACUGUUCCUUGGGAUUCCUUAAGACGUGCAUUUGAAAAGCUAGCAUUAUCUUCUGAAGCUUACUUUGUACUUCGGAAAAAUUUUAUACAGUCACAUUCUUGUCUAUGCAUAGCUCAUUACAUAUUAGGCAUUGGUGAUAGACAUCUCAAUAAUAUGCUUAUUGAUAACAAAACCGGUGGCGUUGUUGGUAUUGACUUUGGUUAUGCAUUUGGUAUAGCAACUCAGCUUCUAAAGUAUCCAGAAUUAGUUCCAUUUCGUUUAACACAGCAAAUGUUGAACCUCUUACUUCCUCUGAAAGAUGUAUCGCCUUAUAAACAAUCUAUGAUAGUGGUGUUGCAAGCACUGCAACAACAUUCAAAGAUGUUGAUCAGCACCAUGGAUAUUUUUAUUAAUGAACCACUGAUUGAUUGGCAGAAUAAUGCUAAGAAAUACGAAUCAUUGGCUUUGUUAAAAGAAAGCUCUCCUGACUGGUAUCCAAAACAGAAGAUAAAUAUUUGUAAGCAGAAACUCAACGGUGUAAAUCCUGCAUUUAUAACAAGUGAAGAACUUCGAAAUUCUUUUUUACAUACACGAGACCAACUGUUGUUGGAAUCUUAUAUCAGCAUCGUUGAAGGGUCCUCUCAACACAAUAUACGUAAGAAAUUAUUAGAUCGAACUAAUAAUCCAGAAAAAGAAUUUUUAACAGUCGAAGAGCAAAUUGAUUGUUUAGUAGAUCAAGCAACAGAUCCUAAUUUGCUUGGUCGUGCAUGGAUUGGAUGGUUUCCGUGGAUUUAAAAACAAUUCAUAAUAAUAAUUUACAUUUGAUUAAAAAAAAAAUAAAAAACAAGUAAAUUUUUUUCAUUGUAAAUAUAUUUUAGUAAUAUACAA